AUGAAGCCCGGAUUCACCACUAAGCUAAUACCUGGGGAGACCAAACUCACGAAGCCGCAAUCAGAGACCUCUGGGUCAAGCAUUGAUAGCUCUGGCCGUUCUCUGCAUGCCAUUUACAUACCAUACCUCACCUUGUCGAUACAACGCCGAAGCCAAGACCUUGGCAAGGACGACCAAGACUGGGGGAACCAACAGAAGAAGAAAGAUGAGGAGAAACAGAAGGAAGGCAAAGAGGAUGAAGGGGGGGAUAAGCUCAGGCAAGCUUUUAAAGAGUACCAUCGCCUGCUACAGCUCUACAAAGGGGAAGUCAUUCAUGGCUCAGCGACUCUUGAUGAGUCCUUUUAUCACUUCUCUAGGACUCAACGGGAGCAGCACAAGGCCCAAGAGAAUGAUGAAGAACACGCCGCGCAACAACAGGAACGGGAAAGGCGCAACCAAAGUCAAGUUGUUACAAGGGAUAUUCACAAGGAAGGUCUGGCAAAAAAGUCUCAUUGGACUCUCGUUCGGGUGAACCAGUUAUGGGUGUGGAUAAUCGGCUCAAAGUGGUUGAUCACGGCCACCACACAUCCCAUCGACCAAUUCGAAGAUCCUUUUUUGACCGAUGUACUUAGUCAUAUCAAAGACCGGGCCACAGCAGAGGGAAGGGAGGUCGGGUCGCGAUCCCCGCUUGGGAUGGCCAAGACUAUUGUUCAGUACUGCAUCGAUUCCUACGACCGACAACCAAACCCAGACGUGUACGGUACCGAUGGUUCCAUCCGUCAGAUCUUUUCUGACUCCAUCAACAAGAUUGCUAGGAACGACGUCAAGCUGUUUGAAGGCUUCUGUGAAAGUAUAGAAUCAAAGCAAACGAAGGAGGAAGAUAAGGCAUAUGGGUGGGACAACAGGGCACCCAAGGAGCAAAGAGAGGCUCAUCAUAGGGGAGGCACUGUGGAGAGGAACAAGAGAAUCAAGAAAGCUAUCAAGGCUGCGGCAACUCUUUCAAACGAAAUCAGAGACAUCCGCGACGAGCUUCAAAUGCUUCAGGCAAUCGCAAAGCACCAGGCGGAGGUUCAGAAGAAGUUGCAAAAGAAAUCCUUUGUAGACACCACUGGAUGGAUCCAGGACAUGAUCAAGACCGCUGAUCGCAUCAAGUCAAAUGUGGAAAUGACGCUCUCCCUAGAGCAGAGCCAAGUUGCCAACGAUCAAGCGAAAGAGAGCGUUCAGCAGGGAAAAAACCUCAUGAUUUUCACCGCCAUUUCAUCGUUCUUCCUACCUUCAUCUUUCCUCGCGUCUCUCUUUGCCUUGGACGUGGAAUCUUUUCACAAGGCCCCAUAUUGGAUAUUCCUCAUCAUUUUCCUUGUUUCGGGCUUUUUCACCCUUCCCUCUCUCUACGUCUUCUGGCUCAAAGGAAUGGUUUCGUCAGCUCCCAAGCCACCGCCUAUCAAAAACACCCGCAGCCCUAAAGACGAUGGGGAGGAGAGAGGCGAGGCGACAAGGUCUUACCAAGGUAAAGAGGAGGAGCAUCAGUAUACCAUGUAUGCCAGGCAUAAGGUCUGGCGAAAGCGACCACAGGAGAAAAUGUCUGAGGUGUAA